CGUCGCGCGCACCGAGGCAUUCACUACUCGUCUCUCGCCGUCCACACCGUACCGCAGUCUUCACUCCGCCCUUAUCAAAACAUUCGCGGACCGGGAUCGAUCCGCACGUCUCGUGAUAACACGUUCGUAAUCCAUCGACCCCCAAGUGACUUUGUGACUCGAGUGAUUCAGUGUUGUGAUCUAUACCAUGUGAUUUUCAGUUACGCUCAGACGAUCGUACUCACGGGAGAGAUUAUUGUCUUUGCUGAAGUCUACCACACUGUCUCAGGAACUGCGUCGUUUGCGCCCGCGCCGCAAGCCGAGAGCCGCGCUCCAUGUGCACUGGUAUGAGAGCAGGCGGCAAACAAUGUGCGGCGCGAUGGUUGCGUGAUCGGUCAUCAUGCGCCUCUUCCGCGGGCCGAAGCGCAGGGAAGUGACCGGGCCGCGCGCCGCCGCGCCGCCGUCUCCACGCCGAGAAGCUCGCGCCGCCGGACCUCCACCGCCGUCCGUGCAACAAGAUUUCACGCUUGUCACUGCACUCCCAGCCAUGGUCAUGGAGGACGACGUACGGGAGAUGAAAAAAGUAUUUGCUACGUGGGGUCGCCGCAUGGGGAAAAAACUUGACAUGUUAAAAAAGUCAGACUCGAAAGAAGCGCCCGAUGAAUCUCCUACCAAUCAAAGUUUAGACGAAAACCAACAACUGACCACUGUGGGUCAAUAUAAAAAGAAAAACCAUUGGAAAAUGGGACGAAGUAGUUCUGAAUGUACAUCACUAAGAAAGGACAACGAUAGUGACUCUAUCAGAAGUGGUUCUAGAGACAGGUCACCAAGUCCUUUUAAAACGUUUUUCCAUAGAAUGGGCUCAACAGGAAUGUUAAAUGCAUCAAAGUCACAGUCAAUGGACACUCAUAAACGUACCGAAAUUUACUCUGUAGCAAACGGUUCUUCUUUGUAUCGCAGCUGUUCAACUUCCCACCUGUCAACUUACGUCAAGGCAGACGAUCCUUCGGACGACAUUGAUCUUCAAAAUUCAGACAAUUCGAUGAAGAACUCUCCAACAAAACACGAAAACAUCGUAACUGACGACAAUUUAGUCAGUUCAUCCACAAAAGCCAUUAGUUGUGAUAACAUUCCCAAUUUAGAUGGGCAAACUAGUAACAACAUUAGCAAAAAGCCUAACUUUCCGUACGCAUUCUUAAGAUCCAAACUAUCAGUACUACCAGAAGAGAACAGUAUGGCUUCACAGCAACGCACUAAUAGUAUGAGACAAAGUUUUUCAGAGAGAAUAGAUCGAAAAUCACCAAAGUUCCGAAAAGAAAGGCUAUGUCUCACGAACUCACGAUCAGAGGAGCGAUACCAAAGCACUGAUAGUAUAUCAAUCCAUGAAGAUGCUGGGAAUCUUAGUCACGGACUACUAAAUAAUGUUUUAAGAAACGAUUACGAUUUCGCAAGAAGUUCUUUGAGAAGCAUUAACGAAAUAGAUGGAAGUUUGUUAUACCCCAUGCGACGAAUAGAAGAUGUCCCACGUCGAUCGUCGAUGAUUUCUCAAAGAGCUCCGUUUGAUUACGACCCCAUGCUCAUACCGAGGAAUAGAAAUAGUUUGCCGGUCUGUGAGUACAGUUCAGUUCUCGGUUCUGUACGAGAUCUGAAAACUGAACUCACUUCCUCCAAUCAGAGCAUACAUCACGGACCCGAAACUGGUGAAGUUCUUCAAGCGCAUCGACUAAGUAAUUAUGUCAGCUCCAAUGAAUCUGGUUACGACAGCGAUGGUCGACCCACAGACGAACAUAGCAACCAUUCUCCGCCGGGGUACUCCUGCCAUUUAUCUACGGGAUCUGUUCGUGCGGAACCCAUCGAUAUGAACUCUGAGCCAAAUCACAGUAAUUUCACAAGGCAGUUAAGUUUUAACCACAAGAUGAAUGUAAGUAGAGUUCACGUUCCCGCUCGACGAAGUUCAACUCCUUGCGCUUUAUUUCCAACUGACAAAGGAUCGCCAUACGAAUACGAGAAUGAGAGCAGAGACAGUUUAAAUUCGCUUAAAAUUCUAGAACACAGUGACGCUAAACCACCACCAUUGCCAAAGAAAAAUUUAAAUAAGAAACCACCUCACAUUUAUUAUAAAACAAUGACCCUAGAUGAUCGUUUCCAGUCGAGAAAAACUAAAUUUUUGCAUUCACAAUUAUUGUCAGUGGAACACUCUUCAACACCAAAUCUAGAUGAGAAAUCUUUAGCCUUAGAACAACAGCCUUAUUAUCCUGAAACAGAUAUUCUUGGCAGAGGCCCUUGUAUGAAAAGAUUUAGAAAAAUCAGACUAUUAAAAUCAAGCUUGGAUGAAAGUUUGGGUGUAUAUUUAGCACAACAUAGAGUGGAUUUUGAUAGCAGUGGGUCAAAUUUUGAAAUACGAUAUAUUGUAGUAAAACUUGACUAUGAUGGAAUAGCUCAUAGAGAUGGGAGAUUACGAAUAGGUGAUGAAAUAGUAAAUGUAAAUGGCAAAGUGCUGCGUGGGCUUUCAUCUUUAAAAGAAGUUCAACAUAUCGUUAACUCUUGUUCGACAGAAGCGAUGCUAGAAGAAGGGACUUUAUUUCACAGAUACCAGGUUGACCUCGUUAUGGCUCACGAUGAGAUAACUCCUAUAACAUUAAGCCGAAUAAUAAACAAUCAGUCAUGUGAACAGAUCUCCACAGUCUGUACAAAAUCCGGUAUUCCACCAGACAUUAUCUCACAAACAGUGCGUAAGCCAUCCUUGUCCAACCAAAUAACUAUUGAAACUCAUUUCCCUACUGAUGAUCAAGAAUAUCCUUGUAAAACCAGUAGUAGCUGUGGGCAAUCGAGUGUGAAAAACACAUACGACUGCAAUAUUAGUAGACAAGACAACUAUAAAAAAUGUGAAAUUGGAAUUCAAGUGAAUAGUGCUCCAAUGAACUCAAAUCAGAAAAGUGAUGAUGAGAAACUUCUGGAACGUCACUGUUUUUCUCAAGCUACUCCUUCAUUGCAGAAUAUAACCAAUAUUGAAAUCUCCAUGAGAUCUUCACCAACACCGCGGAAUGGUCAACAGCAAUUAGCAACAAACAACUACAGGCCUAUAUCGCUUCACAGCACUAUGCUUCCACCCGUGAUCGGACAAUUUUCUGCGUGCUCAGAUAACGCUAGCAAUGAAGUAAAAGAAAAUGCCCCACAUUACAUAAAACACGUUCCAAGGCUGUACCAGAACAGAUCGUUCGAAAGUAUCCCAGAUCAAUUCAGAACUAGCAAUCGAAGUCGAUUUUUCAGUCGAGUGGGCUCACAACGAUCUUCGCCAAACCACGGAUCCCAUGUGUCUCGACAGCAAGAAUACAAUAACACAAUGCAUAACAAAGGACAAACUGGACACUAUUACCAUAAUUUAUUUCAAAAGGUAGAAUUUUGGAAAGGACCCGGCCACAAAAGUCUUGGUUUCAGUAUAGUCGGAGGAACUGAUUCGCCAAAAGGACAAAUGGGCAUUUUUGUGAAGACAGUCUUUCCAAACGGCCAAGCAGCAGACAAGGGUACAAUCUUUGAAGGUGAUGAGAUCUUGUCGGUAAAUAAUGUGCUAACACGUGGAUUGAGCCAUGCUGGGGCCAUAUCACUGUUUAAACAAGUUAAAGAAGGAAAAAUAGAACUGACGCUUUCAAGAAGAAGAGCACCUAGGUCAAGAUCUGUGGAACCUCUGGGCAACUUCCGAGGCGAUAGCAAAAGGGAAUAAAAAAUCCCACACCCCAAAGAGACUUAAUGUUACUGGAGUGCAAUAAUAUUCACAAAUACUUUAUCGUUCUGCCAAAGGCGAAAAUCUUUUAGCUUCUAAAUGUCACUUACGUAUGUUUUAUGUAUAUAUUAUACUUAAUUCACUCGACUAGUGUACAUGAAACUACACUACAUUGCUACAACGAAUUAUAGAAACAUAGAUAUUAUUGUAGAUACUCAUUAUAAAUUGGUCUAAUCUUCACAUCGAGCACUUUAAUAACUAAGUUAGAUUAAGAAUAUAGACCCCACUCUGUGCUACAUUUCGAUAGCUUGGUGUAAGGAAUUAAUAAGACUGUAUGUUUGUAACUACUCGUACUAAGCGUAUAUUUUAAUUGUUGCCUGGCUAAGGACGGUUAUUGUUAAAUGUUGCUAUAGGAAUGCUAGAUCUCGUUAUUUACUGUGUACUGAUGGAAUGGUUAAUCGACCAUUUUUACGCUUUAAUAACUAUUAUAAUUACCAGGGUUGAUUUUGUAAACGUCAUCAGAUAUACAAUAUCCUCUUCC